AUGGCGGCCAGACGGCGCCGCGCGUCGGCCGCCUCCAAGUCGGCCGGGCCGCCCCCGUGGGCCGAGGUGGCACUCUCCGUCUACGAGCUGCACGGCACCUCGAGCCUGAGCGGGCUCACGAGGCUGGCCGGGCUGGGCGGGGCCUACCACGUGGGCGUCGAGGUGUUUUGGCUGGAGUGGUCGUUCGGCUGGUCCGCCGAGGGGCCGGGAGUCUACCCCGUGCACGUCGGGCAGAGCACUUUGGGCACCUUCGUGGAGCGCGUGCCGCUGGGGCGGACGCCGUGCUCGCCGCAGGAGGUGAUAGAGAUCCUCAAGGACUUCCGCAAGACGUGGGGGGGCGUCUCGUACCACCUGCUGCGCCGCAACUGCGCCCACUUCAGCGUGGAGUUCGCGAGGCGGCUGCGUGUCAGUGACGCGCCCGAGUGGAUAAACAGCCUGGCCUCUGUCGGCGAUGCGCUGGUGCAGAGGCUCGGCGCGGACCGCGCAGAGGAGGCGGCCGACGCGGCAAGCCCGCCCGAGGAGCUGCGGGUGGCGCCGCAGGUUGCGCGCUUCAACGAGGGCCGCCUGAAGGAGUACGCCCGCCAGGGUGACGAGCAGGCCAUCAGAGAGCUCGUGUGGCGCCAGUCCCAGAGGCCAUCUUUACAGUCCGCAGAGCGCCCUGUGACAGAGGAGGAGGAGGAGGCGGAGGAGGAGGAGGAGAAGGAGGAGGUGGAGGAGAAGGAGGAGGAGAAGAAGGAGGAGGAGAAUCAGUCCCAGAGGCACAUCCUUGAGCACGCGGCGGAGGCCGAGGCGACAUCACGCUUCCUCGACACGACGCUGGAGCUGCAGUGGGGCGAGUCCUCCGACCACGCGGCCGAGGGAGUCCUUCUCGGGGAGCUGGCGCGGGAGUCGGACCUCCAGCGCGCUCUGGCGUCAGCCGUCGCCACAACAAUCGGGAGAAACGAGGAUCGGGGGCAACGUUCAGGGGGGUAG